UAUUAUCCAGAAUCAGGAACAGGGCUACCUGUAGCUGCGCGGUGUAGAGUGUAGUCGUGUGGUGUGAACUUAAAAAUAGUAUCCGACAUUCACGUAUCGUCUCCGCAGUGGACGGACAUUAAUACAGAUAGUCUUAGGACGGGGAUGUUACGACGUUCGUUCAGAAAUUCCAGCAAACUUAUUCUCGUUUCUAGUUGCUGUGGCUAGUAAUAGUACCUUUGGAAUGUUAAAAUUUUGAGUAAAAAUAAAGAGACUUUUUCCUGUGCAAUUUUCUUGUUCCAUACACCAAUCUGUUUCACUGACUUGCUCUAUUGAGUGUACAAAGUGUUUAGUGUGUGUUUGUCUGCAGGAGUGUAGUGGCGAUGUCUGAGCCAGUUCUGCUGUAUGUGUACGACCUGUCCCGAGGUCUUGCCUCUCUGCUGUCUCCUGCCAUCCUCGGCCAACAGAUUGAUGCAGUGUGGCACACAGCAGUGGUGGUGUUCGGAAAAGAAUACUUCUUUGGAGCCGGAGGGAUAAGCAGUUGCAAACCGGGCACCACCGGCCUGGGCUCCCCGCUUCGCAUCGACACGCUGGGCACCACGGCGGUGCCUCGCGACCUGUUCCUCGACUACCUACGUGGGCUGGCUGUCUCGUCUUACGCCGGCAACACCUACAACCUGAUCUCGCACAACUGCAACAACUUCUCCGAGGAGAUCGCCCAGUUCUUGUGCGGCGCGCACAUCCCCGCAGAGAUCCUGGAGCUGCCGGAGCGAGCGCUGCCGCCCGCCCUGCGCGCCGCCCUGCCCGCCCUGCUGGACCGGCUGCUGCCCGCGCAGCCUAAUACUGAGCCGAACGCAGCUCGGUCCAGCCGCGAAGACAGUCCCGACUAUGAGUUACUCAACGACCAGAUUGAGGAGGCCAGGGCAUGCGGGCAGCAGUUGAAGGCAAAGCGGCGUACAUUAGCUGAAAAAUUGGCGCGGAGGCAGCGCAGACGCGAUAAGAAGAACCCACAUCUAGAAGUGAUAAUGGCUGAAGCGGAGGCGUCGGCGGGCCCCAGCGCGGCCAAGGACGUGGAGCCCGAGGAGCGCCGCCCCGCCUUCCCGCCCAUCGUCUACAAGGACAUCGAUGCUCUAGCGGAGUACGACAAGCUGAUGUCGACCCUGUCCGGCACGACGCUGUCGGGCGAGGAGACGGAGGCUCUCGAGGAGUUGCGCCUGUACCUGCAGGGCGAGGGCAGCUGGGUGCUGGGCGACCACUUCUUGACUACCAUCGGUCGAGUAGUAGACCUAGGCGGCGACGCGCGCACCACCGCGCUCCGAGUCCUGUCCGGGGCGGCUCUGAGAGACGACGUGUCUCUACUCCUGCAUCAGGACCGGCGCGGCCACGUGUUGGCGGACUUGGCGUACAGCCUGGAUAGACUACCGGUGGAGGACCAACAGGCUAUUGCCACUUUUAUGUGCAAUUUGUUCGAGAACGUGUCGUCGUCGGAGUGGCUGCUGUACAUCUCCGAGUGGGAGAGCCGCCACGGACCGCUGUCCAACAUCCGGGUUACUACCAAGGUGGCAGUCCACGCGUUGCUGAGUGAAGACGAGCAGCUGAAGGACGUCGGUACAGCCCUCAUGUACAACAUCGCACUCAAGGAGGUCAAGACUGUGAUGUUCGACGACGUGGCCGUCGAGCUGGCCAUGGCUCUAGUCCAGUUCGUGGGCUCAGCCCCGCGCGAGGAGCACCUGUACCGGGCGUGGCGCGCGCUGGCGGCGCUGGCGGCGCGCUCGCGGGACGUGCCGCGCCUGCUGGCCGUCAUGCAGCUCGCGCCCGACGCCUUCAGAGGGACAAGUCCGCGCGUGGACGAGCAAAUCGACAUACUAAUGAAAGUCAACUGAGCACUUAGUUCUAUCAACAUAGUAUAGUUGGGUCUUUCUGACUGACUUAGGUAUAGCAUAAAUUUAACUGUUGUCAUGUCACCCACCACAGGCUAAAAUAUUUACAUAGUGCUGCA